GGCCGCCCAUAUAGCGUAGCCCUAGCGCGCGCGCACACCAUUGUGUGGCUGGACUCGGCCACCGCUGCGGUGUGAGGCGCGUGUUCGGGCUCUCGCCGUCCCCGCACCCGCACCGCGGCUCCUGUCUUUUGGCCGCCUUUGGAAGACCAGCCUUCGGGAUUCCGUUCGCCACGGACAUGCCGCGCGUCUACAUAGGACGCCUGAGCUACAAUGUCCGGGAAAAGGACAUCCAGCGCUUUUUCAGCGGCUACGGCCGCCUCCUCGAAGUAGACCUCAAAAAUGGGUUGUUCCCUUCAUGUGAUAAAGGUGGUGGAGGUGGAUACAGCAGUCGGAGAACCUCUGGCAGAGACAAAUAUGGACCACCUGUUCGUACAGAAUACAGACUUAUUGUAGAAAAUCUUUCUAGUCGUUGCAGCUGGCAAGACUUAAAGGAUUUCAUGCGGCAAGCAGGUGAAGUCACCUAUGCAGAUGCUCACAAAGAACGCACAAAUGAGGGUGUAAUUGAAUUUCGCUCCUACUCUGACAUGAAGCGUGCUUUGGAUAAACUGGAUGGUACAGAAAUAAAUGGCAGAAAUAUUAGGCUUAUUGAAGAUAAGCCGCGAACAAGCCAUAGGCGGUCAUACUCUGGAAGCAGGUCUAGGUCACGCUCUAGACGAAGGUCACGGAGUAGGAGUCGCAGGAGCAGCCGCAGUAGAUCUCGAAGUGUCUCCAAAAGUCGCUCCCGAUCCAGAUCACGGAGCAAAGGUCGAUCACGUUCUCGAUCAAAAGGCAGGAAAUCUAGAUCAAAGAGCAAAUCUAAGCCCAAGUCUGAUCGGGGCUCCCAUUCACACUCUCGAAGCAGAUCUAAGGAUGAGUAUGAGAAAUCCCGAAGCAGGUCUCGGUCUCGGUCUCGGUCCCCCAAAGAAAAUGGAAAAGGUGAUAUAAAAUCAAAAUCCAGAUCAAGGAGCCAGUCUCAUUCCCAUUCACCUGUAUCUGUACCGCCCUCAAAGGCUCGGUCUGUAACCCCUCCACCAAAAAGAGCUUCGAGAUCCCGUUCUAGAUCUCGCUCAAGGUCAAGGUCCAGAUCGAGUUCCAGAGAUUAAUCCAGAACUCUGUUCUUUGCACACUAUUAUGGAACACUUUCCUACUUGCUUAGGCAGUUACUCUUCCAUGUUUGUACUUGGCCUCUUCUGCAAGAGGAUCUCCUGAGAACAGGGGCACACGGAAAUUUGAUUUGUGGCCAAAUUUGAUGAAAAAGAUGAGGUUCUAAAAUGGUGGCAUGAAGUUAAAGGCCCUCUCCCUACUUUGUAGAAUUAAGAUAACUUUGAUUUUAUAGCUUUUGAGCUAAAAUAACUUUUGUAAAGAUUAAGCUCAUUUAGAUUUUUUUUUUUUUUUAAGUAUUUCAGCAGGAUCUGCUGCAGGGGUUUUUUGUUUUUUUUUUUUGCUUAUUUUUAAAUUAACCGUUUCAAGCUUUGGAUACUUAAGGCUUUAGAGGGAGAACCCAAUUUUCAAUUAUGUUGGCUUUUUAUAAAGCUUGAGUUAUGUAAGAUUUAAAUAAAAGUUUGCUACCGAGAUGAUUGCCUUAUUGAAUAGGUCACUAUUAAAUUCUUUAAAUGUUGAUAUCUGGUAUUUGUGGAAACAGUGUAAAUUCUGCUUGAGUGUAAAACAAGGCAAACCUCAGACCAGCAAUAAAUUAUUCAGUUUGGAUAACAUUAUUUUGUGCUGUUAAUCAAAUUUGCCAAAGUCUUUAUCUGCACCUCUUAACAAGUUGAGUUAAAAAUAAAAGAUAUUUUUUAGUUGAUCUGUUACAUAAUUUUGCCUAAAUUGAUAGAUUUUUAAAUAAACUUUUCAAGCUUACAAUUUGAACUCUUUAAAGAGAGCUCCUAGUGCUUGGGAUAUUGUUAAGCUGAUAAUCAAUCCCAUGUUCUGGAAGUGGUCAAAGUAAUUAGUGUUGUUAAAGUAUGGUUUGGUGGUCUUUAAUGCUUGUUAUGUAAAAAUGGAAGUGGCAGUUCUUAGAAAUUUAGUGUAUCAAAGUGGAAAAGCACAUAAUGCAUUUUCUGCUGAAAGAUCCUUAUUCUUAACAGGCACUUAACAGAUCAUUUGAUAAGUCAGUUGAUAAUUAAACUAAAAUAACCCAAUAAUCAGUCUCCAUAGUAGUUAGUGAUAAUUUGUUGGCUCAUCCUUGUAAAUUUUAUACUUUCCUGUGGUUGGUUUAAACAGUGAAAUGAGUAAACUCAAAUAUUUUGUGCUUUAUUAUGAAUGAAGUAUAAUGGAUACUGUGGAAAUCACAUUAUACUGCAAAUUUGUAGGAAUUACUCGGUUAAUCAUACAUCAUUCCUAAAUAGUUUAGAUUGCAAUUUAAGGAGUGAUUAGGGUACUUUUAAAUAAUUUCAGUUUUAGGAACUAGCUUUAGUCUGAAGUCAAGGUUUAGGUGAAUUGGUUCCAGUCCAGUAACUUCUAGGAUCUAUCUUUAUGUCAUAUGCUAAGAGUUGGGUUGUCAAUAAGGUGCGAUAUUUUAGGUUGAUACCAUAGUACUAAAUAAUCAGAAGACAUCUUAAUAAGGUUGGUUAAA